AUGGCGUUUACCGGGGGGGAGAGGGGUGAGGAGCUCAAUAGUGUGGUGCCUAGGGUGGGGCUAGAAUUCAACGACUCCGACGAAAUCCAAGGGACGCUUGACCAAAUCAUCGUGCAUUUUGAUACAUCUUUCUUCUCUUCGUCCGGGACGGAAGUGGAACGACUCGACCCGCAACAGAGGCAGCUGUUGCAGGUGGCCUUUGAGUGCAUGGAGGAGGCCGGGGCGACCUCCUGGCGCGGUACCAACAUUGGAUGCUAUGUCGGCGUCUUCGGAGGCGACUGGCAGGACCUCAACGCCAAAGAAACACUGCACAGAGGAGGUUAUCGAGCUACCUCGAACGAGGACUUUGUGCUCGGGAACCGGGUCUCCUACGAGUUUGACCUGCAUGGGCCAAGCAUGACCGUCAAGACCGGCUGCUCUUCGUCGUUGGUGGGCCUCGACAUGGCGUGUCAGGCCAUCAGAAACGGCGAUUGCGAUGGGGCCCUGGUUUGUGGCGCGAGCUUGAUCUUUUCGCCGGCAAUGAUGCUUGCUCUGAGCGACCAAGGUGUCCUGUCGCCAUCGGGAACAUGCAAGACCUUUGAUGCCUCCGCGGACGGGUACGGACGCGGCGAGGCCGUAAAUGCCAUCUACGUCAAGAAACUGAGCCAAGCACUCCGCGAUGGGGAUACCGUCCGAGCGGUCAUACGUGGGACCGGUGUUAACUGCGACGGCCGAACGCACGGCAUGCUGACGCCCAGCCCCACGGCUCAAGAGGCGCUGAUACGUCAUGUUUACGAGCAGGCCGGCAUUUCGGAUCUGUCCGAGACCGCAGUAGUCGAAUGUCACGGCACCGGCACCGCCGUCGGUGACCGUAUCGAAACCGCCGCGGUGGCCAAGUGUUUCGGGAAAGACGGCGUCACCAUCACAUCGGUCAAGCCCAAUGUUGGACACUCCGAGGGCGCCGCAGGCCUCACCAGCCUCAUCAAGGCGAUUCUAGCCAUCGAGCAUCGUCUGGUGCCCCCAAACAUCCUAUUUAAAACUCCUAACCCUACAAAGUGCAAACUCCACGUACCCGUCGACACCGAAGCUUGGCCCAAUGACCGAGCCGAAAGAGUCAGCGUGAACUCCUUUGGCAUAGGUGGUGUUAAUGCCCAUGUCGUCGUCGAAUCCCUGCAUCAGUAUGGCAUGUGCAACCGAACCCCUGACGGCGCUUCCGGCUGCAACGGCAACGGAAGCGACAUCCAUAACUCUCCUAACACUAUUGAUGGUGAUGUAACCGUAAAACAGCAUCACGCCCUACUCUUCUCGGCCUACAGUCAAGCGUCACUUGAGGCAUACAUCGAAGCGUAUAGGCAGUACCUUCUGGGAUCUAGAGCUUCAUUGGAGGAUGUGGCAUUCACCUUGGCCAACCGACGCGACCACAAAAGCCAUCGGGCAUAUGCGGUGCUCGGACACGCUUCCGCCACCUUGGUGACAUCAGUACCGGAAGCCGUCAAGCCGUCCCCGCGUGUUGGCUGGAUCUUCACUGGCCAAGGCGCCCAAUGGCCACAGAUGGGCGUAGGGCUUCUUGACUGCAAUGCAGUGUUUCAAAGAACCAUCAAGAAACUAGACAAGCAUCUGCGGCAAAUAUCGGAGCCUCCUAGUUGGACCAUUGAGGAGGAACUACGCAAGGCAGUUGGUGGGAGCUGCGUGCACAUGGCGGAAUUGGGCCAUCCACUGUCCAUUGCCGUGCAAAUCGGCCUGAUCGACAUCUUGAAGUCCUGGAAUGUGAAGUUGGACUUCGUGGUCGGACACUCCUCCGGCGAGAUGGCCGCGGCGUACGCCAGCGGGGCGAUAACAGCCGAGGCAGCGAUUGUCGCUGCCACUUUCCGAGGCUACAGCAGCGGUAAGGCGUCCGAAAGACGUGGCUCGAUGGCAGCGAUCGGCCUCGGGACGCUUGAGGUGAGACAAUACAUGGAGCCGGGCGUCGUCGUUGCUUGCGAAAACAGCCAAUCCAGCGUGACCGUGUCCGGAGAUGCCGAUCUGGUUGAGAAGGUCGUGAGAAACGUCAAGGAGAAGCGACCUGGCGUCCUGGCACGCCUCCUGCGGGUCGAGAAGGCAUUUCACUCACAUCAUAUGCUCGAGUAUGGGCCUCUGUAUGAGGAGCAUUUACUGCCCGUCGUGCGGGCCCUGUCUCCCGCGAUACCGUUCUACUCGUCCGUUACAGGGGGGAGGCUUACCGGCGACGGAUGUCUCGGGCCGGCGUAUUGGCGGCAGAACAUGGAAAACCCCGUUCUCUUCAACACCGCCCUCCGAGCGGCGCUGGGCGACCAAGACGGGCGGGUCGUCAUUAUCGAGGUUGGACCUCACCCGGCACUUAAGGGACCAGUGGGCCAGAUACUGAGAGACUUGGAUCGGAUGGAGGACGUGCACGUGGCAACCCUCCUGAGGGACAAGGACUGCGAGGAAAGUCUCCUUCACUCGGCAGGAAAGCUCUACCAGCAGAACGUGGCCAUGUACAUUACUGCCAUCUGUACUGGAGGCCGGCAGGUGGCGAACCUUCCGCGAUACUCAUGGACACACGAGAACGUCUAUUGGGCAGAGCCUCGCGUGGCACGAGAUUGGAGAUUCCGCAAAUUUGCCCAUCACGAACUGCUUGGGUCCCGGGUUGCCGAGGUUGCCAGCGAGCCAUGCUGGAGAAACAAGCUCGCUUUGGAGGACGUUCGUUGGCUGUCGGGUCAUGUCUUUAAUGGGCAAGUCGUGUUCCCCGGCGCAGGCUAUAUCUGCAUGGUCGGCGAGGCCAUCCGACAGUUGGACGGCGGUGAACGGAACUUCAGCCUCAGCAACGUCACCAUGACGGCCGGUCUGGUCCUCACCUACGGUACUGUGGCGGAGCUCGUGACAAGUCUCACCCCAACCACCGCGGAAUCAACCGACGAGGCCACCUGCCAUUCGUUCAGCAUCAGCUCGUUUGACGGCACACGGUGGGUAAGACACUGCGCCGGCGAGGCGAGGCUGUUGAGGGAUGAGUCUGUCACACUGGCUCUCGACGCACCCGAACCGAGCAUUCAACUGCCUCGCAAAGUGGACGAAAGUGACUGGUACGUCGUAUUUAACCGCGUCGGCUUCAACUACACCGGUCUGUUCCGAGGACUCCGUAAGAUCUCAGCCGCAACAGAAGACAUGAGAGCAGUCGCAACUAUCUCGACGCAAAAGACGGCCAAGGCUAAGGGGUACGCAAUCCAUCCCGCCAUCAUAGACCAGUGCUUCCACCUUUUCACGGUCGCGGCCUAUCGAGGCCUGGGUAGGGACUAUGGAAACAUUGCCGUGCCAACCUUUAUCGAGGAAAUAACUAUCGUACCAACCACCGGCGAUGACCUGCGCGCAAUCGCGACUGUCAACAGGCUAGAGCGCGGGUCGUUCGCCGGGGACCUGACAACCCACACAACCGGCGGACAGACGGCCGUCCGCCUGAAGGGCCUCAGGACGACGGCGCUCGCAAGCAGCGACGCCGCAGGCGAAGACGCCCGCCUCGUUACACGGUUGGAGUGGAGACCUCACGUCGACUUUGUCCAGCUGGACGACACCAUGCGUCCCAGGACGGGCUCCCCGGAGGAGUGGGCGCUACUGGAGGAGCUCAUGCUCCUCUAUAUCAUUGAUCACCGGGAAUCAAUCAAGCCGUCCGGCGAGGCACCACCCCAUCUUUUGAAAUUUCUGACGUGGGCACAAGACCAUAUCGACCAAUACAGGACUGGGUCCAACCCGUUCGUCGCUAAGGAGCUUCGACUCUGGGCGUGGGACAGUGAGCAGAGACUCAAGAGAAUAGAAGAGCUUGCGGCACGAGUAUCGGCGUCCGAAUUCGCACCGUUCUCCGAGGCGAUCUACCGCUUGUUCAAGGCUGCCGACAGUAUCUUCAACGGCGAGACCAACCCACUGCAUGUCCUCCUCGAGGACGGCGUGCUUACUCAGUUCUAUAACGUCGUCGACGUUCUCGACUACUCGCAGCUGAUCCGGGCGGUCGCACAUACGAACCCUCGAAUGAGGAUCCUUGAGGUCGGUGCCGGCACCGGCGGGACAACUGCCAAAGUGCUGCAGGCGCUUAGGUCGCCGUACGAAGAGCGCUUGUAUGGCAGCUACACCUACACCGACAUCUCCAGCGGCUUCAUGCCUGCUGCCAAGGAGCGCUUCGCCGGCGCCCCGAACAUGCAGUACGCCGUACUUGACAUAAGCCAGGAUCCUGUCCAGCAGGGAUUCGAGCUGGGCAACUACGACCUCAUUAUAGGAACAAAUGUCGUUCAUGCUACGCCAAGCCUACAGGUUACUCUCGGUCAUCUCAGAAGCCUCCUCAACCCUGCAGGCCGGUUAUUCUUGCAAGAGCUCUGCCCAGAUGCCAAAUUCAUCAACUACGUCAUGGGCUUUCUCCCCGGCUGGUGGCUUGGAAUGCAAGACGGUCGCGCCAGCGAACCGUACGUAUCGCCAGACCGAUGGGCAAAGGAGCUGAUCGCCGCGGGGUUCAAGGAACCAGAUGCUAUUCACCUCGAUGGAAUUGCCCCGUACCACUCGAGCGCGGGCAUCAUCGCAGCGCCCGCCCUCAGCGAUAACAAGCCCUCGAGGGUGACCGUGAUGUGCUAUAAGCCCCAGGGGCCUUAUGUCCAGGAGACAAAGAAGAGUCUCGAGCGACUGGGCAUAGCAGCCGACAUUUGCGUCUUUGGCGAGGCCUUGAUCAGUCAGCAGGACUUGAUAUCCGUACUUGACUUGGAAGAGCCCAUGGUACACCAAUUCUCGAAGAAAACGUUCAAUACGCUCAUUGGAUAUCUUCAAGCACUUGAAGGGAGGAUGAUCUGGGCCACGCCAUCGUCGCAAGUUGGCUGCCAAGACCCUAGAAGUACUAUGAUACUGGGACUCGCUAGAACAGCUCGAAGUGAGCUCUCGGCCAAGUUAUUCACAGUCGAGAUAGACGACAGGACUCUGACAUCUACCGCGACCGAUCUUCUCGCAAGGCUUCUUGUGCGGGCUCGGUCAAGCCAGUCAUAUUCCGAAUCAAUGGACCCGGACUGGGAGUACGCGAUUGUUGACGGGAAGGUGCUCGUUCCUCGGCUUCACUGGCAGACAAUGUUGGAUGCUUUCGCAAAUGGCUGUUCCGACGAGGAGCAUUCGUGGAAGCAGUUGACCCUCAAGACACCGGGGCUAUUGAAUACCAUGCUAUGGAGCGACAAGAAACCCCAGCAUCCGGGCUCAGGCGAGGUGCUGGUGAGAACUGAGGCCAUAGGCUUGAACUUCAGGGAUGUCCUGAUUUCCCUCGGUGUUCUCGAGCAUAGUACGCGGGGUAUUGGUACGGAGGCUUGCGGUGUGAUCGCAGGCAUCGGCCCCGGAGUUCACGAUUACUCCAUUGGAGACAGGGUAAUUCACCUCUCAAGCGGGUGCUUCGCAUCACACAUAGUGCUGCCCCAAAAUUCGUGUGUCCGCAUCGACGACUCCAUAACCCCCGAGCAAGGAGCUGCAUUACCCUCUGUUUACGCAACCGCGAUGAUGGCGCUUGUUGAUAGAGUGGGCCUGAAACAGGGACAGACGAUUCUCAUUCAUUCCGCCUGCGGUGGUGUCGGCUUAGCAGCCAUUCAAAUUGCGCAGAUGAUUGGUGCCGAGAUAUAUUGCACCGUUGGGAGCGAGGACAAGGUUCAGUAUCUUGUCGAGAAUCACAACAUCCCAGGCUCGCAUAUUUUUAGUUCUCGUGACGCGUCGUUCUUAGGCGAUGUCAUGAGUGCAACCGGCAACAGAGGCAUCUCCUUCGCGCGAUCUUGGAAGUGCGUGGCGGACUUCGGGACCAUACUUGAGAUUGGAAAACGCGACUUCCGCCGACGAUCGAAGCUUUCCAUGGAGCUUUUCGAGGCCAAUCGUACCUUUGUUGGCUUUGACUUAUGGCAGAUCUUCCACACUCAUCCCGAGCAAGCUGCCGAGGCCUUACAACGCUGUGUGAGCUGGAUUCGGUCGGGUUUAUUUCGGCCUAUUGUCAUAGCCGAGACUUUUGAGGCUGGAGAGGUGCAGGACGCUUUUAAGUUCAUGAAGCCUGGGCGUCACAUUGGCAAAAUCAUUAUCAGAAUGCCGUAUGAUCACAGUGCUAUACAAAGCACCAGGAUCAAGCCUGCGCCCGUUUUGCGCCCCGAUCGCAGCUAUCUGCUGAUAGGCGGUCUUGGGGGCCUGGGUAGGGCUGUUUCUACCUGGAUGGUUGAGCAGGGCGCCCGUCACCUCAUCUUCCUGUCACGAUCCGCCAAAGCCGGCCCUGGCCUUCGAGACUUCCUGGAGGAGCUAGCCUCCCAGGGUUGCGAGUCUCAGCUGGUAGCAGGAAGUGUCUGCAACGUCAAAGAUGUGGAGAGGGCUGUCCAGACAGCGGCACGGCCGAUCGCCGGCGUCAUCAAUUUAGCCAUGGUUUUGAAGGAUGUUUCACUCAGCCAGAUGAGUUUCGCAGACUGGACGACGGCUGUGCUUCCCAAGGUACAGGGAACGUGGAAUCUGCACAAUGCAUUACCCUCUGACUUGGACUUUUUCAUCCUGUGUUCUUCGUAUAGUGGCAUCGUCGGGCAAUGGGGCGAAGCCAACUACGCUGCCGCGAACACGUUCCUCGACGCAUUUGUGCAGUACCGACGUGGCAACAACCUGGCCGCGUGCGUAAUUGAUAUCGGCGUGAUGGGGGAGGUUGGAUUCGUCUCGAAACACCAGGACACCCUGGACAUUUUCCAGAAGUCCGGGAUGCACAUCUUGAAGGAAUGGGACCUCCUUGACGCCUUGAACCUCGCCAUCCGCAGAUCGAAGCCACAGCGCAUGGAAGCACUCGGCGAUUCUUGUUUCAUUGAUCCCGGUCAGAUAAUCCUUGGCUUCCUCACGACGCUACCCAUCUCGUCUCCUUAUAACCACGUCGUCUGGAAGCGAGACCCUCGUGCGAGCGUCUACCACAACGUCGAAGAUUCUGCCGAGGCCUUUGAGGAGGCAUCCUCUGAGGAAAACAGCAUCGAAACCCUUCUGCGGUCGGCUGCUACACGACCGGUCGUCCUGGAAGAGGAAGGCACUACCUCCAUCAUUGCCAGAGCAAUUACACUGGCCAUGGCAACCUUUCUGAUCAAGGAAAAGGACAGCAUCAAAGUCGAAUACUCUCCUGACGCUGUUGGUGUGGACUCUCUUGUUGCAAUGGAACUUCGGAACUGGGUCAACCAGAAAUUUGGUGUUGAGGCCAACGCCAUGACUAUCAUUCGAAGCCAGUCAUUCUUAAGUCUGGGAGAUUACAUUCGAUUAGCACUCAUAGAGCGCUUCCGAUCUGGAACCAAGUCGCUAUUCAGUCCAGUGAAAUGUUUGUUAAAGGACGCUCCCAAUAAGACAUAUAACUGCCCACAACAGAGAACCGGUCGCGUCUUCACCGAAACCCGUCUCUUCGCCGGCAUAGACGGGUGCUCUGGUGACUUUGUCGCCCUCGAUGGCUAG